AUGAAUGUUGACGAGGCAAAAGAAUUACAAGAAAUUGUUAAACUCUUGACAGAAAAGCCUAUAAUAGAUCAUUCAAAAGUGAAAGAUAUUUAUGAGAUUGCAAAAAAAUUAAGAACGGGACUUCAAUUUGCUCACUUUAAAGUAAAGUGGGGUUUACAAAAUUGUGAUAUAUCAACAUGUGAAAGAAUGAUAGAACAGAAAUUAGAAGAUUAUAAAAAAUAUCCAAAUAAGAAAAGAAUACAUCUUCCAUGCUAUGUUUCUCCUGUACCUCCAUCAAAAAAUAAAUUUCCCGAUGAAAAGGCCAAAGCCGUUUUCAAAAUACUUGAUUCAUUAGAUUUGAUUGAGUGUCCGGGAACUCCACCAAACCAAAUUCGAUCAAUUAAUGACGUGAAAACUGCAUUUUCAUUAAGUGAAUAUUUGAAUAUGUCUCCUAUGCAGCAGUAA